AUGGUUCAGCGCGACUCGUCGUGGCGCAAUUCGCAUCAAGCGGAAGCGGGGGAACAGGUGAGAGUGCGCUUGUUCACCUUUCGACAGUCUAAACGAACCGCGAGCUUUGCCAAGUUACCCGUUGAGAUGCACAAACCUGGUUCGCGCGCGUUGCCCCGUAUGGCGGUGGCGGCGCAAACCCGGAAACAUGCGUUUCUAUCUCAAAGGGCUGUCGGCAUGAUGGGGCGCGAUUGCGUUGUGCGGGGGUGCGCAGGCGGCGUGGAGUGGAACGCCGUGGCGCCCAACAUUCUCAUCGGCACCACUCCGCGCAACCAGGCCGCGCUCGAGGCGCUCGCGACGCGGGCGGGAGUGAAUGCGGUGCUUUGCGUGGAGGACAUGGCGCUGCCGCGCGCCAUCUCAGCCGUUGAUCUGCUGCUAUCGCGCGGCUACACGGUACACGUGUGCUGCUCCUCCGGCAACGAUAAGGCGCCCCUCGUCGCGCUCGGGUACCUGACGUUGGUGCGCGGGCAGGCGGUGGACGCGGCGCUGGCGGCGCUGAGGGCGGUGCGCCCCUCCGUCAACCCCUACAUGCUGCCGUGGGAGAAGUUGAGGGACAGCUUGAGUGCGGGCGACAGCAAGCGCGUGCUGCAGCUGACGCAGGAGGAGUUUCGGCGGCGCCUGGCGGCCAAGGAGGGUGGCACGCACGCGCACGACUGGCAGGUGGCCCUGGCGCGCGUGGCGGCUGACCGCUUCCGCCACCGCCUCGCUGCUGACCACGCCCUCGUGCACCAGCUGUGCCAGGCAGCAGCAGAGGCAGCAGGAGGAGGAAGAGGAGUAGGCGGCAGCAGUGGGAGCAGUGAUGAAGUCAGAUCACUCAAGAUGCUCCUGGAGGGCGCCAACUCACGGGUGGCAACAGCGGAUGCAGCAGCGGCAGCAGCCAAGGACCGCAUAGACUUCUUCUUCCGCCAGGUCACGGCACUCAAGGCGCGCGAGGAGGCCGCGCGCAAGCAGGCGCGCGUGGCGGAGCGGCGAGUGGAGGCGCUGCUGCGCGAGCUGGACGAGCAGCGCAGACGCGCAGCGGAGGACGCGGAGCGGCGAGCAGAGGAGCGGCGGCGCGACAUGCAGGCGGGGCGCGUGCAGGCGCUGAGCGCGGAGGAGGCGGGCGAGCUGGUGGGGCGCGUGGUGGAGCUGGAGGGGCUGCUGUCGCAGACGCGCGCUGCCCUGCAGGCCGCCACCGACCGCAACGACUUCUUCCUGCGCCAGCUCACCGCCAUCCGCGAGAGCGAGCGCAAGUCGCGCGCGUCGGCGCGCGCAGCGGACCGGCGGUACUUUGCGAUCCUGCGACGCGUGGAGGAGCUGGGACGCAAGGAGGCGAGCGCGAAACAGGUGGCGGAGGAGGCGCAGCGGCGGUACGAGAGCAUGGCGUCUGAGCUGCAGGGGCUGGGGUCGGUGGGCGACAUCAAGGAGCGGCUGGAGGAGCUCAAUAGCAAGGUGGCGGACCUCAAGCGCAAGGAGGCGCAGGCCGAGGCCGCCACGCGCGCCGCGCUGGAGCGAGUCGCCGUGCUGUCGGAGCAGCUGGAGGAGGCGGCGGCGCGCGAGGCGGAGAUCAGAGACAGCGAGAGGAGCGCGCGCGAGCGGGCUGAUGCACUGGAGGUGCGGGUUGAUGCUCUUGUCAGCGACCUGGAGGCAGCCAAGGCGGCAGCAGCGACGGCGGAGCGGUCGGUGGGGGAGAUAUCCAAGGAGGUGGCCAAGCUGAGGGAACGCGAGGCGGCGGCGGAUGAGGCGAUCCGGCGGUACGAGGCGGUGAGCGGACAGCUGGGGGCGCUGCAGGCCCGCGAUGCGGGCACACGGCAGGAGAUCGACGCGGCGAACCGACGCAUUGGACUGCUGUCGGAGCAGAUUGUGAACCUGACACGGCGCGAGACAGAGCUGCAGGAGGCACUGCAGACGGCCAACGACCACAUCUCGUUCCUCUCCACGCGCGUGUCGGAGCUGAUCGAACGCGAGGAGGAGGCCAAGGCGCAGGCGCAGAGAGCAGACGCGCGAGUUGCAGAGCUGCACAGCGAGGUGGCGGCGGUGCAGCAGCGGGAAGCCGUGGCGGUGAGAGAGGCGGAGGCGGCGAGUCGCAAGCUGGCACUGGUGGAGGAGAGCGAGGCGGCCGCCGUGGAGGCGGCGAUGCGCGCGAAUGCGCGUGUGGAGGAGCUGUUCCGGCAGGUGGAGGACGUGGAGCAGCGUGAGGCCGCCGCCAAGGCCGCGGCUAAAGCGGCUUAUGAGCGCCUGGCGGAGAUGAGCGAGCGGCUGGCCGCGGCUGAGGAGAGAGUUGCGGCGGCGGAGAGAGGAAGAGGGGGCGCUGGGCAGGGGAGGGACAGUGCGGCACCGUGGGACGCUGCGGUGGUGUUUGACUCUCGCACCGCUGAACCCGUGCCUGUGCGCGCAUCGCCCUCAUCAACCUCAUCCGUGGCGGCACUGCGCGAGCGCGAGCAGGCCAGCAAGCAGGCCCUGGCGGCCGCCAACCAGCGCAUAGAGGAGCUCAGCACGCAGGUCGCCCUGCUGGCUGCCCGUGAGGACGCCGCCAACGCCGAGGCCGAGUCGUUCGCUGGGCAGGUGGGGGAGGGGUGGGGCAGGAGGGGUAGAGGAGGGGGGAAAGAGAUGAAUGUGGGGGUGUGGUUUCCUUUGGAACAGAAGGGAGGGGGACAUGCUUUGAUGGAUGAUAAAAGCGUGACGGGGUUGGUGAUGCGCAUAGCGGAUCUGAACGAGGAGCUGGAGGCUGCGGAGAGGAGGGAGGCGGAGCUGGCGGACGCCCUCACUGCCGGGGGGUCGGGAGGCGGGCUGCCAGGCCUGCUCAAGCAGGACCCGCAGAAGCUGAUAGCGGAGCUGGAGGCGGCGAGGCGGCGGGCGGAUGAGCUGGCGGCGGAGGUGGAGGAGGCACGGCGCACAGCGGAGGACAUCAGUGAGAGCAUCUUCAACGCGCGCAAGAAGUCCCUGCAGGAACAGCAGCUCAUGCUUUCUCCUCUCCCUUGGCGCAUCCAUUUCAUUUGUGUGUGGCAGCAACGGGAGGAGCUGGUGGCGGAGGUGCUGUCACUGAAGGAAGCGAUGGAGGCGAUGAGGGAGAGGGAUGAGGCCAUCGCCGUGUGGAAGCAGCAGCUCGCAGAGCAAGCAGAGUACCUCGACUCGCUCAUGGCGGAGGGGCAGGUGGACCAAUCACAGAGGGACAUGUUGCGGGCUGCAGUGAGGGAGAUUCAGAUCGGAUCUGGUGAUCAGGCAUUCUCUGCUGUGUGA